GCGGUCCGGUUGUGUGUGCAGUGUGAAUGUGGCAGCCGCAGGGAGGGGCGCGCGCUGUUUAUUUCAUUAUUAAAAGUCAUUUCUGAGUGAAAUUAAAAGUGAUUUGUAACGUCGAAUAUUUAUCAGCUUCACAGCACGACUCGCGUGCCGCCUUUCGCUCUCUUUGUGCCGUUUCAUCGCAGGGACGGAGAGGAACAUGGGGCCGUAAAAAUGUUGGAAUAAUCGUUCAAAAGACUCUUUUCCUGAAUAUAUUUAUAUUUAUUUAUUCUUUUGCUUUGUGGAUGAAUGAAACGUCCUGUCAGGAUGGAGCAGGUGAAUAUCCUGAAGAGAUUCAUUGAAGCCAUGAGAAGCGGCGAGCAGAAAGGAGAAGAUAACUUCAGCUCGGACUUCAUGAGAUUACGCCGAUUAUCAACCAAAUACAGAACAGAGAAGAUCUACCCCACUAAUGUAGGAGAGCAGGAGGAAAAUGUGAAGAAAAACCGAUACAAAGACAUUCUGCCGUUCGACCACAGCCGUGUGAAGGUGACGUUAAAAACAUCCAACCAGGACACAGAUUACAUCAAUGCAAACUUCAUCAAGGGAAUAGACGGGCCGGAGGCCUACAUCGCCACUCAGGGGCCGCUGCCCAACACCGUGCUGGAUUUCUGGAGGAUGAUCUGGGAAUACAAGGUUGCGGUCAUCGUGAUGGCGUGUCGAGAGUUUGAGAUGGGAAGGAAGAAGUGUGAGCGUUAUUUCCCCAUGUUUGGAGAUGAGCCCGUGACGUUCGGCCCCUUCAGGAUCUUGUGUGAGUCUGAGCAGCCAAGGACGGAUUAUUUCAUCCGGACACUUACAGUGGAGUUUGAUCACGAAACCCGUCGAGUGACGCAGUUCCAUUAUGUGAACUGGCCUGAUCACGACGUCCCGUCAUCAUUCGAUUCCAUAUUGGACAUGAUCGCUCUGAUGAGGGAAUAUCAGGAGCAUGACGACGUUCCCAUCUGCGUCCAUUGCAGUGCCGGCUGUGGGCGAACAGGAGCCAUCUGUGCCAUUGACUACACAUGGAACCUGCUGAAAGCUGGGAGAAUUCCUGAAGAUUUUAACGUUUUCCAUCUGAUUCAGGAGAUGAGGACACAGCGGCAUUCUGCAGUUCAGACCAAAGAGCAGUACGAGCUGGUUCAUCGAGCCAUUGCGCAGCUCUUUGAGAAACAGCUGAUGCUUCUGGAGAGUCCGACUAACUCUGAGCUCACAGAUGGGAUGGAAGAGGGCAGCCCAGAAAAACUCGGUCAGAAUUCAGACGAGGAACGAUGGGACACGCCGCCUCCCAAACCGCCUCGUAUCCGCAGUAAUCAGGUGGAGGGCGACGUGAAGGAGGAGAUUCUACAGCCGCCAGAGCCGCACCCUGUCCCGCCCAUCCUCACGCCGUCUCCACCCUCGGCCUUCCCUACGGUCACAAACGUACGGCAGGACAACGACCGAUACCAUCCAAAACCCAUCCUGCACGUGCUGGAGUCGGAUCAGAACCCCGACCUCAACGAGAACUACAACAACAAGCCUGCGCAGGAUGUCCUGGCGCCGCCCGCCGAGGACCGGCGUCUGGAGCGCAAGCUGAGCAUCGAGAUCAAGAAGGUUCCCCUGCAGGAAGGGCCACGCAGCUUUGAGGGGAACAGCGUCCUGCAGCGAUCGCACGCCUUCAAGCGCUCCAACACCAGCAGCAGCUCCAUGUCUGAGGAGUCCGACGACCCGCCGCGCCCCAACCACCUGCCACUGAAGGCCGAGAAGGGUCACGCCGCCUGGUCCGUGUCCAGUCCCGACAGAGCGGCCUCUCCGCCGGAGCGAUCGCCCAGUCCCGCUGCGCCGCACAGGGCUGCACUGAGCUUCACCAACCCGCUGCAUUCGGACUUCCCUGAUGACAGUCGCUCCGGAAUCUCCACGGCAACCAGCACGGUUGCGGCGGCGCAGCAGAGCGACCGUGUCCCGCGCAGAGUCACGCCGAUGUCCAUCGCUGGGCAGAGUCACCUGACACACGCCUCCUCGGACUGUGACGGCAGUGGCGAUUCACCUCCUCCUCUUCCUGAGAGAACCGCAGAGUCCUUCCUAAUGGCCACAGACCCCACAGAUGUGAAGCUGCCGCCGGCCGAAGCCGCUUCAGAAGAGCGUCAGGGAUCCGGAAACACACAAACUCCUGCUAGUCCUCCAAAGAACGAUGCCGAGCAGAAGAACGGAAAGGGCCCAGAUUCGCCCCCGAGCGUCCCGAAGGAGAAGAGGACUGAGGCUGAGAUCGGAUUCGGCAGCCGCUGCUGUCAUCCAAAAGGCCCGCGGGAACCUCCGUCGGAGUGGACGUGACUCACCUCGCACGCGCUCAAACCUGUCACACGCUCCUCUUUCUUCUCUAUAAGUGCCACCAUAGAUGGACGUCAAAGACUCUGCGCCCUCAUCUCUGACUUACACAAUCUGAAAGCUACCAAGAUAAUCUCCCAUGAUGCACCUGUGCAGCUACUGCUGCCACUGCCAUGGAUUCACUGUGCUGGUGCUAAACCGUCUCGCUGGGACCAGAAACCUGCCUUACUCCUCCUGUCGACUGGACCAGGAUCCAUUUGUAACUCAGUGCAUCUUCUGCAGUAGUUUUAGUCGCUGACUGUGACCGGCCGGAGAACUGCUGCCUCAUGAACGCUGUCUGCGCCGUCUCGAGCUCGUACAGGGCGAGCAGUAAACAAUAAUGAUGCAAAUGUACUAUCACUGAAUAUAUUAAUGCGAUGUAAGACGUCUGUGCAUGAAUCCCGUCUCGUGUACCUCAAACUGUAAGUUAUUUGCCCUCCUGUUAGAACAAGCGUUUUCAGGGUUGUAUUUUCUUUUCUCCCCGCCGUACUUUCCGUUCGUUCGGCUGGUGUGUGUGUCGGUCGCUUCACCAGACGCCACAGGCUGGAGAUUGUAAUAAUGCUUUUUGUAAAUUGUAUUGUAGAGGUUAUUUUUGUAUAUGCCAUUUUCUCACUUCACGAACGAUACCCGACAGCUUGCCUGUGCCUUUUUUUUUUUUUUUUUUACUCUGUGUGUGUGUCUGUGUGUGUGUCUGUGUGUGUGUGUGUGUUUGUGUGUGUGUGAGAGAGAGAGAGAGAGAGAGAGAGAGAGAGAGAGAGAGAGAGAGAAUGUGUGCAAGUUGCACAAUGUCGCAUUUAAACCUCUGGGAUUUUACUCGACCUUCCAACACAGACCUGUCAAUCAAUCAACAUGUCAGUAAAAACAUUAGGAGGAA